UUUCAAGCUUCGCGCGCUGACUCCAACGGAAAUCAUUACCUGGCGGUGACACGAAAAUCCCUAACGUCAAGUCUUUCACAUCCGUUCAGCAGCGAGUAGUGACAAAAAUGACGUGUAAAAGGCGCAAUGGAGGACGCUCCAAGCACGGACGUGGUCAUGUUAAGCCCGUCCGCUGCACCAACUGUGCUCGAUGUGUCCCAAAAGACAAGGCCAUCAAGAAAUUCGUUAUUCGAAACAUUGUCGAAGCUGCUGCAGUAAGAGAUAUUACUGAAGCAUCAGUUUAUUCUCAAUACGUUCUCCCGAAACUGUAUGCUAAGUUGCACUACUGCGUCUCGUGCGCUAUUCACAGUAAAGUUGUGCGUAAUAGGAGCAAGAAGGAUCGUAGGAUCAGAGUGCCGCCACAGCGGAACUUCCCAGGUCGCGACAACACUCGUGCGCAACAACCACAAAGAAAGUAAAUAUUCACUUUGUAAUAAAUUUUGAAAAAUA